CUUUAGAGAAUUGAGACAGUGAGUCAGUGACGUCAUACGAAUUAUAAUACGAAUGGAACUGGCCUCGGUCUUCUAAAAUUACAUGAACAUUGAAGAAAAUUAUUAAACGACGUUUACGCUCCAUUUUUCAUCCAAUUAAAGUGCCUAAAGAAGUGUACAACUUGUGUUCAGUGUUCUAUUAAUCUAGUUUUCGAAAGCGAAUCAUCAUCUAGUGAUAGUUAUAUUUUCUAGUUGCUUUGGAUACGAAAAUUCUCCUUUAUUCUAGUCUCGUAGUUGUAAAGAUGCAAAGCCAGUGGCCUCCGACUAGGUACAAACUUAACUGAAGCACUACAAUCCACCAAAAUGCCUGUCGUAUCACCAUCAAGGUACACCCCUACAUCGUCAAACCUCACAGGGUCCUAUCGUUCAACGCUGACUUCAUCAAGUACCCUAGACAAGCCUUACUACCGGUCUUCUAGUGGAACAUACGUCACUUCCACGCUACGGACCACAUAUGGAGAUAGGACCACUGAAUACCGCUCCAGAUAUUCAGAUGUGGACGGUAAACGGGAAAGAAAGACUUCACUCGUAGAAUACUCUAGAAGCUCGAGAGCGCCUAGCGUUACUGAGUCAGAUAAUGGAGUGUCGUCAAGAUAUCGCUCCGAAAGAAGUGAAUCGAGAUCCCGAGAUGUGUCGACUACAAGGAGCGAGAGUAGCCGAACCUCAGAUCUUAGGCCGAAAAGAAAUGUUCUUACUUCUGCAGCAUUGGCUAUGUCAACUGCAGAGUUGUAUAAUAAAUAUUCACCAGCUAACUAUGUCCCAUUGACCCAAAGACUACAGCAAAGUCAGAAUUGUGGAGAGAUAUCCAGGUCUAAGUCUAUCUCAAAUGAUAUUGGGAGGCCACCAGCGCCGGAGCUGAGAAUCAGAAAGCCGAGAAAUUCAGCUGCUACAAUCUUAGAGAAACCUGAAGGAAGGAGGUACAAGGAAUCCUCGCCCUCUCCAAGCUUCAGAAAAAGAAACUCUGUAUCGAAUGGCGUUAAGGACACAAAUGGAAAUGAAGUGCCUACCGUUUCUGAAAUACGUAAACGUUUCGAUGGCAAAAUUCCAGUGACGAAACUUCCAGCUAAUGAUUCGAGGUAUAAUAGUUCGAAAACCGUGGAGCAAUAUCUCACCCAGUUGAAAGACUGUGAAAAUGGUACUGUUAGUUAUACCAAAAUACUACCAAAAGAAGAAACGUUGGUGCCAAUCCACUUGCCUUCAGAAAAGAAUGGGUUGAACCAGAGGUGGGAAACUUCGCCCAAUAGAAAUAGCUCGAGCUCAGAAAUAACCUUAAGUAAAACUCUAUCGGAGCCGGUAUCCUUAGCUAAACCUUCGGUAGAUAAAACAAUGACAGUGUCUCUUACGGCUAAACUUCCGUCAGAUAAAUUAACAACUAGUAUUAAGAAUCAGUUAGAUCCUAAUAAUCCGAUAGGAAAGAUUCUGGAAAAGUCCACAGUGAUACACGUUGAAAAUGGUGAUGUUGACUACACAGAGAGACGAAAAUUGAGAAACAGUCCAGAAGUAAAGCUUAAAGAUUUGAAAAAUGAUAUUGAAAAGCAAGUUAAAGCGCCAAAACAUACGUCGAAUUUUGCUUCGUACAUUCAAAUAUCGCAACCCAUAGCUAGUGGCACUUCGACUAAAGUUAAUGAAGAUAAAGAUACAAAAGUAAAAGUUAAUCUCAAACAUAUAGAUUCGGAUGAAGAUCGUUUAGCUUUAGAAGAAAUAGAAUCUCCAAGUGAAACCGGUUUUGAAAACAAGACGUUCGAGCACGAGAAUUAUUUGAAGAAGAGAACAGAAAAGAGUGAUGAACCGAAAGAUGAUGGUGUGAAGUCUAUGGAAACAAGUACUGAAAGUACAAUCAGUGAGCCAACAGAUGAUUCAAGUUCUGAAACGACUGUGACACGAAGGAGAAUCUUGGAUACGAAAGACUAUGAUGACAUUAAAGCGGAGUUGGCUGGUGGAAAGAGUGGACCCAGCGGCUUGAGGCGGAGUAGCGAGAGACGUGAACCAUCCGAACAGAACGACAGGCAUUCUUCAACCACCAGCGGUCUCAACGGUCUACGCAACAUUGGCAACACGUGCUUUAUGAACAGCGUGGUGCAGUGUCUCUCGAACACGCGGCCUCUUCUGGAGUACGUGACGCAGGACAAGUACACCACCGAGAUUAACACGUCGCUGUCGUGUAUGAAGGGCGCACUCAUGAAAGCGUUCGCGAGUGUUCUCAAGGAGCUAUGGCGCAGUGGUGAAAAGGACUCUGUGGUGAAUACAACGACGCUAAAGUCGCAGGUUCAGCGUUUCGCGCCCAGGUUUAUGGGCUACAGUCAGCAGGACGCACAGGAGUUCCUCCGAUACCUGCUGGAGGGUCUUCACGAAGAUGUCAACCGGGUGACAACCAGACCCAAACCCAUCCUCACCGAAAUCGAUGACAACCUCAGCGACACUGCCAAAGCCAACGAGGCGUGGAGCCGAUACGUUCGGAUGGAGGACUCUAGGGUUGGAGACAUCUUCAUGGGUCAACUCAAAUCAACUCUACGCUGCACGCACUGCAAGCAUGACAGCGUCACCUUCGACCCCUUCUGGGACCUAAGUCUGCCGAUACCGUCGCGAACCGGCAACUUGAAGCUACAGCAGUGCCUGCAACACUUCGUCAGGGAGGAGGAGCUCGACGGCGACGAGAAACCUACUUGUUCGAAGUGUGGAGUCCGAAGGAAGUGUCUAAAAUGGUUCACCGUGCAAAAGUUCCCGAAGGUGUUGGUGCUACAUCUCAAACGAUUUUCACCAACGGAACGGUUCCGCGGUAAGUUGAACGUGCUGGUGGAAUUCCCUCUCAACGGAUUGGAUAUGUCUCCGCUCUCGGCGAACAAUACCACGGCAACCUACAACCUGUACGCACUGAGCAACCAUUCAGGUACCACGUAUUCCGGGCAUUAUACGGCGUACUGCAAGCAUCCCUACUCAGGAGAUUGGCACGAAUAUAACGACUCCAGGGUGUCGCCUAUAAACCCCCGGGACGUGGUGUCGCCUGAGGCGUACGUGCUGUUCUACGAACUGGCUGACAACUCCUAGCAGACCCUCACGACUACAUCUUUAUAUUGAUGAUGAAGCUGUGAUGAUGUGUUUACAGAAUGGAACGACAACAAAGCAACGGCGCCGCCGCGGUGUCCAAAACACGCGUGCCGAUUGCUGUAGAUAUACGAACAUGCGACACGACUUGAUGUAGCGGAACUGCUGGACCGAAAGUGAUAGAGUUACCAGCCACUGUAUUGGUACGUUAAUCGAGUACUGGUAGCUUGGCAUUUUCUGGUAAAACUUCGUCGACUUGACUUACCAUUAGUUAAACGUCGACACACAACUUGCAUUAAACAAAAACCCAACUCGUAAUAAGAAAUAUAUGAUUUGGCAAUUCAAUUGUGUUAAAUUUCUUUAUAUAAGGAGCGUUUACAAGGCACGAUACGAUCGCUACACGACUUUUUGCUGUACGAUAGUAACAUAGAUCUUAUUACUAUUAUAGUUACUAAUUUCAAACUCUCGUAAACUUUCGGGCUUAUAUGUGGUGCGUUUGUCGCACUUACGGGGUGUAAAAUGAAAAUAUGUAAAUUAAAACGUAUAUACGUAAUUCAUUAUCAAAACGGAGAGUAAUGAAAUCCCGCCCGCAUAAUGUAACUGCAUAACUUAUUAUAAGCAUUAGAAAUAAACUAUUGUCUUCCUUCGGCUUAAUACUUGUGUAAUAACUGAACUAUAAUAUGAAAUUAAGAGCAUUUUAACGUGUACGUCGUUCCGAAAAAAUCUUCUUAAGGUAUGCUCGACCUUCUAAAAUGUUAUAACAUGUUGGGUGCAGUACAGCCUGCAUGGUUAAGAAAAAAGAAAAUACUUUAGUAUGUACAUUUCUUUACAAAAAUGUAGUUAAAACUAUUUAUUAAUUUAGCUUCAUAUUGAAACACGAUUAAUCGUAUCGUGUCGUGUAAAAGUCUAACUCGCUCACUAAAGAAAAUGUCAAGCAGUGAAGCUCUUGAUUGUAUUUAUGAAAUUUUAAUAUGCAUAACAUUAUUUUCUAUUUUAUAAUGAAAUUAUAAUUUUUUAUUAGAUUGACGGAUUUGUUUUGUUUUUAUAAUUUUAUUAAUAAAAAUUAUAGUGUAUUGUUUUAUUAAUUGAUAUCAGAUAUUAAAAUCAAGUAUUAUUUAUUUAUUAUGUAUGUCUUAAACAGUUUAAAAUUGACUUAUUUAUAUUUAUAGUUUUUUAGACAAAUAGCUAAUAGAAUAUUUAUAUGUUAAAAAUAGUUUGGAAACUUAUAGAAAAUUUAGUUGUUUGUUAUCACCUCCAGUUUAAAAUAUCAAAUAAACCAUACAUCACUAUUCCGCUCAUGUUAUUUAUUACGCUAGUGAUGUAAAAUGUUUGUAUAAAAAAUUCAGCGCCCUCUAGCGAUAAAGGGGUUCUUAUUUUUGUAUACAAAUAUUUAGGUAUAUAUUUCACCGUGACACCAAAAAAUACUGGUUGUGCCACCGUGGUGUCCGUAAAUUAGACAUCAUACAGACGCCAGAAUCAUGAUCCGAGCGAGCUGGUCGCUCCACCAAAUUGGUUGCGAGUAACUAUAGAGCUAAAUACAUUUUGUUGGUCGACUGGUUGCGCCACCGUGGUGUCCCGGUGAAAUAUACCCCUUAGACUGACGUUAGCAGCUCUGUGAGAGAAACAGAUCUAUAAUCAAGUCGUGUUACAAAAUGCGUGCCUACAAUAGAAAGCUUAUACGAGUAGGUAAGUUAAUAAUAAAAUGUAUAUAAAAUAGUUUAAAUAGCGCCUUAUUCGAGAAAAGUGCGUUAAACAUGCGGUUGAAGUCUGCGUGAGUGAAACGUCAAUGUCAAAAUGUCAGUUAUGUCUUUUUUCGAAUAAGGCGAAUGUUUGAAACGCAUUUUUUCGGAAUGCUACGUUAUUUUUUAAUCGGUGCAAUCGUGGAUUUUUACGAUGUAAAUUAUCGGCAUAGUGUGCUUUCAUUUACAAAAAUCGUGCAUUUUACAAUACUUAUGUAGUUUUAUGUUUUUGAUUAAAAAAAUAACGCAGCUUUCCCUGGGCUUUUUUAAUUGCGCUAUUUUAUAUAACUCCAAUUUAAAUUAUAUGAUAAAGAUAAAUUAUAUAUAAAAUCCGUCCACCGUCCUGAAUGGAAGUGCAAAAUAGUAGAUUUCUCUUUAUAAUUUCUGCAUUUAAAUCCUGGUUGUAAUCCGUGAAUAGAUUUUAACUGGGUGCAAAUCGAGCUCGAAUAAAAUACUCGUUAAAUAUAAAAUAUUUAUAAAAUUGUAGAUUCAAAAUGGCGCGCUUAAAAAGCCCACGUGAUUCGCGCUCGACUCUGUGCCAUCGACAAUACAGAUUAUAAAUUAGAAUACAACAAAUUGUUAGAUCAAACAGAUUUAAAUUGUAUUUAUUUAUAAUGGCUUAAUACUAAAACUAUCUAGAAUAGGAACUUGCCAGUUAAGAAAAAUGCAAUUACGAACACACAAAAAGCAAAUUGUUCACCGUUCACGGUAAAAGAACACCAUCGACUAAGAAAUUGAAGCAGUGUGGUCAAUCAGAUUAGUAGCAAUUAAAGUCAAUUACAAGAAACCCGCCGUCGUAAUUAUAUUUCAUUAAGUAAUCAACGUUCGAGUGUUCAUUUUUACUGUCACUGUCAUUGUCAGUGUGACAGGUGAUCUUAUAUUAGUAUUAUUACUUACUACACGGCGACAUUAUCUUUGGACCUCACUGUAACGUGAAGGCCCCUCCCGUUUCACCACCUCGCGCUCGUCCUGUUAGGUCUGUACGGUCUGCAGUUUCAUUACUGUAACGUACAUGUCGUGAUAUUUUUGCUUUGUUUUUGAAGUUUUCAUUGUUACGUUUUGACUUUUCUUGUCAAAAGUUCUGUAGUUUCUGUUGUUCUGUGUCGCUUUAAUAGUUCUACCAGGAAAAUAAAAUCUUUUUUUAGCAAACCUAGAUUCUGUCAUUGAUUUUCCAUCAUUAUAAUAAUAAUAAUAAUCCGCACCACAACACAACACCUUUACAUCAUCUAUAAUACUGACAAAAUAAAUCUAUUUUUUAUUUUUUCGUUAUAAUAUUAUCCUAGUGAUGUUUGUUUUGCACACCGUAACAAAGCUACGAUGUGACGUCAUCGACUUCGUCCAGAGAUAAUGUAACCGGGUACUACAGUAUGACCUUAAGUAUCUUAAAAUAAUAAUAUAAUCUGUAAAGUGAACUAAAGGUAUAGUCGAGCGCGGAUCGUCCCAUUCAAGUCACUAAUGUUAUAUAGUUACUAAAUCAUAAUAUAGUUUAAAAUAUCGAGUGCAUUAAUUGCUGAUAGGCGUCCGUGAGCUUUCAUAUUGUUAUGUGAUUAGAAAAAUAAUUCUUUAUCUGUGGACAAAAUCGUUUAAUAUUUUCGUCAGAUUAUUUGGCUGUUAGUGCAAAAGUUGCCUGAAUUUAUUUAUAUCGCCUUAUAUUCUGAAUUGUGUUUUUUUGUAAGUUAAACGAGACAUCACUUUUAAAUAUUGAUAACUUGGGGGACUUCCUGUUAAGUCGGCCAUUUUGGUAUUGGUUCUAUGACGUCAUAAUUGGACGUAAUUCCAGAAAAACUUUCCAAACCACAAUCAUGUCGAAGUUGAGUUAAGAACACAAAACUGGUCACAUAUUUCAUAUUAACGGACUGGCAAACAUAAAUGACAGCCCUACUGUCACUCUUUAAAUGCCAUCAUGACUUAGUAGCCCAACCCACAUGUAUGGAAUACACUCAUAUUGAUUAAACUUUAAACACGAAUUCCUUAAAAUGUGAUGUUUGUGGCUUGGAACGUUUAACAGAAACUACAUCCAAUUGUACUAUGGACUUUUAAUAUUAAAAUGUAUUAAUUUGAUUGAAAGUUGAAAGUAUUGUAUAAUCCUUAGAUCAAGUAUAUGUCUAGAUAUACUGUGCCAGCUGUGAUUUUGAGCAAUACACACAAAAAGUGACAUACAAAUCGCGGGUGUAAGCCGUAGCUUGUCACGCACAUUAAAGUUGUAAACCUGACCUGUUUUCAUCAGUUGUCUAGGAGCAAGAGGCUUUAUCUUGAUGUACAAAUUAUCUAAGAAUGACACAACCGUGGAGAGAAAUUUUGAACGGAAGCAUCAGGCCAUAGGCAUAAUUCUAGAUUAUUUUUAUUGCCAAGGUACAUAGUUGGCUAGUACAUAGAAGUAAAUAGAUUCAAAUAGAAGAAAUAUGUUAGAUAAACGCGAUGUCGUUAAAUGCGGGUAGGACACUUUUGCACCAACGGCCACACUCAAAACGUGAAAAAAACUUUAAGAAUAGAUAAUUUUAAUCGGAACAAACAUAAAAUUCUAGCUAAUAUAAAUAAUAAAUAUUGUUUUGUAACCGAUUUUAUUUCUAUUCUUAUUAGAGAUGAAGCCAUAUUGUGUCCACGUGUUAGUCAACCGAGAGUUAGCUAAGAGUGCUGCGUUGUGAGAUUGUUUUAGUUUAUUUUCUUCUUUUUAUAUAAUUUUAUUGAUUGUUAAAUCGUUUUUUUUUUGUUUUCCGGUAUCCUAGUUGCCAAUACUUACACUGUUUUUUAUCACGUGAUGUUGUCAAUUUACAACUAAUUCGUAAAUUUAAUAAAAUAAAAUGAGAGUACUUAUAUUAUAAACGCGAGGUUUAUGAUUUUAAAAACCCUGACCAAUUUAUAUUAUAUUUUAGGGCCUCAGCAUCUCUCCUCAUACUCCUCUAACAUCAGGCAAACAAACAAACGAAAAUUACGAUGCUACAGACCGAUAGAUAGACACAUUGAACGUAUAUAAGUAAAACUUACAUCAGGGAUUAAAAAUUUUGACAAUAUGAAAAAGGGUGGCGAACCAUCGUACCAGAUAUUACAAAAGGUAUUAUAAAUUUUAAAAAACUUUUGUAAAAGUAGCCCCUUUUUUCAGGACGAUCAUUUUGCUUUUAUAUAAAAUUUCAACUGUCUAACAAUUAUUGUGGCUUUUGAGAUAUAGCUGCUAGGCGGCAAUAAAGUAAAAUACCGCUCCCACAAAACAAUGUGGGUAGAUGGAAAUAAAAAAUAUAUUCAGGGUAUUAUUAGCUUUACAGUAAGUAAAGUAACAAAUGAAUAUAUUAAAUAAUGUGUACUAAGAACAUAUAUGAUACCCAAAUUAUUGCAUGACCUCCAAUAAUAAGAAUAUAUUUUAAAACAUUUAUUACUAAUAAGAUUACAAGACAUGAAUAUCAUGUGAUAUUUUGCCAAAACCCAUAUUGGGUUCAGGUUUUUUUUAUUGUUAUUGUAUUCGUUAUAAUAAUGAGAAUUAUUUGAAAUCAUGCGAACUUAGUUAAUAACGUUUUCAUUUAUGAGAAAAAGCCGUAAUAAGCACAACGCCAUCUUGAAAUUAUUAAGUGAUUAAAUGGACAGAAUAUUUGCUGAGUCAUGGAAUAGGAUACCGGAAAUAUUUUUGUUUAUACCAUAUUUACCAUGGUCAAUUCACAAAAGCGACACAGCAAGCAGACCGAUACAAUGUGUUUUUUUAACUACCCUCAAACAGUCUAAUACGUUAAAUUAGUAUUUUAAAAGUAGGUUAUUUUUAUUUUGUUGCGAUUUAUUUACCACUUAAACCAAAUAUUGAUUACUUAGAAGUAUUAUAUUAUUACGUAAUUAGUAUUAUGGUAAAUAAUAUCUGAAUAAAUACUCAACUCUUUACUGAACUGGUUCUUAAAGUAAUAAAGGUUGUCAGAUCAGUACUAAUUUUUCACCUAAUGUGUAUACAUGAAUGCAUUAUAAUGCCAUAGGAACAUAUGAGUCGCUGUUGUGAGUUGAAUAGAUUAUUAGCCAAAGAUAUUCUUGUUGAGAUUUAUGUAUGUAUAUUUAAUAAUAAAUAAUUUAUUACUAAAUAAUUAUUUAAAUCGUUUUGCGGGAGAAUCUCCCUAACUAUUGUCUAUAGCCACGUAACAGAUUUGUAUUAUAGAAAUAUAUAUUUAAAAGAAUAAAUUAUUAUUGAAAUCA